AUGGCCCUCUCCUUCCUGCCGAAGGGUUCUGCUCGGUACACAGUGGGCACCGAAGUGGAAGCUAGAAAGCGUCAACCUCACUAUUUUCCUGCUGUCCUCUUCCUCCCUACAGAAAAUUUCCAAAGUUCACCUUUCUUUGGGACAGAAAGUGAUCUUCAGCCCUCUCUGUCUGUGCCGAGCAACUCCACACACACAGGAAGGGUAUGCAACAUCUCCGGGGUUACCACCCCCACUGUGAAUUUAGCAUGGCUCCUUCCACCAAGCCCCAGCACUUCUCUCCAGCUGAUCUCGGGCAGAGCCUACCUUAACCCACAUGCUGGCACGACCAUGCUGGUGGAGCUGACUGACGAGAGCCAGAACUCAACCUCUGCACUCCUCUAUCCAGGUGUUCUCAAGUGGGAUCUCACAGAAAGCAAAGACAGGGGAGAUGCACUCCAGGAACUCAACAUGACUAUCAUUAACCAGGACACUGCACUCUCCUCCCUGUCUGUGACAGCCCAGGGUGAUAAAAGUUCAGAUCCCAAUACCAAAGCCCCUUUCUAUCCAACAUUUUUAACCAGCUUUGUCCAGGUUACACCACCACAGGUAUCAGAUCAAGGAUACAGUCUGGCACCCUCCUACCAGGAUGGCAGCCAGGUGUACUCCUACAACUAUACCAGCCUGGACCGUCUGAUCCCCGGAGAACUCGGACAGUGUCUGCAGCCCUGCAGCUCUGUGUCCUACCGUGCGAGUGAGGAGUCUGUCCCUCAACCAGAGAUGGUGAUGGUGGAAAAGGAGAUUCUGCCAAGGAAUCUCCAAAUGCCAAUCUCCAUCUCUGACUUCUCCUAUUCUACAUCUGUUCAAAAUAUGCCAGACAUCACUGUUCCAGCGGUGGACACGGAGACAUCCCUAGGAUUGCUACCUUCAAGCCAGACAUGCUGUCUGUUGAAGAGCCCAGAACUCGGCGAUAUUUCCUCCGAGGUUUUCCAGAUGAGGAUACCACCUGGCAGUGGGGACAGGUUAUUAAUAGCCCCCAUGCACACUUCUUCUGAAGAAUUCCUGGCCUUGCCUCCAGCUCCAAGCCUGGAACAAAGAGAGAAUGACAACAAGCAUGAGGUGAAAGCUGAGCUGUCAAUGCCUCGGGAUGCCUAUGAGGGCACUAAAGAAAACCAAGACCCAUCGCACCUUCCUUUAGUGUACCCUGACUGCACUGAUACAAGACUAAGACAGAUGUCUACUUCUGACAACGCCAGCAUGGGUGGCAUCAGCGUAGGUCCGGAAGAGCGAGAAGACCUGGAGAAUGUGAUGGGAUCCAACAUCAACUUUGAAGACAUCAGUACACUGGAGGCAAAUAAUCAUGUCCCCCAACUCUUCAAAACCUUUAAAGACACAGCCUGGGACGCUCCCCUUCACAACUGGAGAGUCAUGAGCAGACCCUCUGAAAAGGUGAGGAAGAAUGACCUAAAAGCCUCUGAGCUGCUUGAGGGGGCUCCUCAGGCCAAACUCCAGCACCGGGACCUGGCAGAGGGAGAGGGGGCUGUGUGUGUUGCUGGGGUCAAUGUCAGGGCUAAGGAAACCAUGGCCAAGCACCUGGAGGGCAAAGCUCCCAAAGCUCCCCCCAGCAAGAACAGAAGAGCUAGGAGACAGGGGCAAGGAAGACCAAGUGGACCAGAGAACAACUCUAAAAAAACAGAGGAGCUUAAGCAAUCGAGGAACAGAGCCAAAGCAGAAGAGAAGCCCACCAUCCCCAAGACCAAGAGGAAGAGGAAUCCACCUGAGCUCAGCCACAACAGCUUCAAGAAGCCUCGAACCCACCUUGGCAUGCACAUGCUGGAGUCCGUGCAGGUCUUCCACCCUCUGGGGAAGAAGAGUGAGAAGAAAACUGGCAUCUCCUCCUUCGGGGGCCUGCGAACCUCCACCAGCAACAAAAAUCCAGGCCCAUGCCCAGCCACCCCAACACCUCUGAAUAUGCCACCUGAGGGCCAUGGCCCUGACAGAAGCCCAGGCAAAGCUCAGAGAGCAGAGAGCAGUGCUCACAAGGACUGUCCAUCUCCAUACGAGUACGAGCUGCCCCCACCUGGGAAGGUCAGGUUAGUACCUCUGCCUUUCCCAAGCCCGGACAAGCCUCAAGCCAGACCUGCUUCUAGAAAGCCCCUUCCCCUGGCUUCACACAGGCCCACGGCAGCUUGCCCUGCGUGGCUUCACUCUCACUCAGUUCAUCCAUCCCAACCAGCUCCUGCCAGCACAUCUUUGAUGGCCUCUACCAAGGCUGCUCCCUCCAGUGCCACACAAGCUAAUGUAGCCAACCCCAGCCAGUCUAGUGCUGCACCACAGUUGGCCUACAUGAGGCCUGCAUCCUACAGAGCAUCAUCUCACACUUUAUUCCAGAGAGAGCUUGUUUCUGCUGCCGGCAACAAGGUGCCAUCACCACCCAAGCCUCAAACCCAGCAUCGACUGCAAGACUUCAGCUGCCAAUCAAUCCCAUGGAAGAAGGUCGACAUUCUGGGACCAGUCAUCUCACAGCCCAUCACUAAAGCGCAGAGGCCAGAGAGGGAGGCCAUGAAGAGGCGGGCCCAACAGGAGCGCGAGAAUGCUGCCAAGAACAUCUCUCCUGGGAAACUGCAGCUUUUCCUUCAGAGGGAGGAGGAUAUGGAAAUUUCUCAAUAUUAUGGGUACGCAAUGUAA